AUGGCAACUAUAGAAAGCCUACUAAGAGCGCAAGAAAAACUUGCGCAGUAUAUUGCUAAUUUUUACAAGAACUCCACGGAGAAGGUGCGAGGAUACCUCCAGACGGCUUCUCACUUCGCGGCAAGGCUGGAGCUGUUGGAAAGCUAUUGGUCAAAGUUUACAGUUAAUAACGACCAGUUGGUAUGCUGUGAAAAGGAUUUCGCAUCGGAGACUUAUUUCACCAACGAUGGGUACGGUUACAUCGAAGCCGAAUAUAUCAGCGCAAAGGCAAGAAUCCGGGACUUGUUGGCAACGGCUCUUCCGUCUGGUGGUUCAGGGGAAGCGUCGGCGGGACGAUCGGAGAUCAGGAUCGAGCAGUUCUCCUCUUUGCCCAGUCUCGCCCUUCCAAAAUUUUCCGGCAAGCAAGAGGAGUGGGAGAGUUUCAAGCAGCGUUUCUCCUCACUCGUCCGGGACAAAGAGCACAUACCGAAUAUAGCUAAGUUGCAGCAUUUAUUAAACGCGGUCCAGGACCCAGCCGCGUUGCGCUUGCGAGGUCUGGAGAUUACCGAGGCCAAUUUUGAUGUCGCUUGGGAGAAACUAAUGCGUCGUUAUGACAACCGACGUAUUCGCCUGGCCACCACACUUGAGAAUUUAAUCCAGCUAUCGGCGGUGAAGUCCAGGAACGCGCAGGAGCUCAGCGAGCUGAUUGAUCAUUCAGAGGAAGCGGUUCGCUCGUUGAAGGAACUGCAGUGCCCCGUCGAACAUUACGAUGCAUGGAUUGUACAUUGCGUAGUACGCAAGCUCGAUACGAACUCUCGAGAAUCAUGGGAAAUUUCGCGUGAAAACUGUGAUGAGCUGCCGAGCUAUUGCGACCUCGUGAAUUUCCUCGAGAGACGCAUUCACUCUCUUGAACAAGCAAGACCAGCGAACGAAAGCCGCGAAGCUCAGACUUCAAGACCGCGCUGCUCGGGUCAGCACCGUGUUUUUGCCAGCAGCACGCAGGUUCAAGAGGAUGGCUCUGAGGGGAGGAUUGCGCCUCUCUGCGAUUUAUGCCAAGGAGGACAUUGGCUUCAUAAAUGCUACAAAUUUUUGGCUCUGUCGCAAGCUCAGCGAUUGGACUUUUGUAAAAAGAAAAAGCUUUGUUUAAACUGCCUGCAUAAGUCGCAUUUCGCCGACAGAUGUCCGUCAAACUUGCGAUGCUUGGAUUGCCGCGGUAAGCAUCAUACUAAACUUCACAUUGACGCUGUGAAUAGGAAGAUACCAAGGCGACGCGACACGGAUGGUGGUUACGACGACCAGGGCGGACCCAACUGCGGAGGACGGAUCGGAGCGUUCGAUCGUUGCGCAUACUACGAUCGCAACCGCUGA